CUCUUUCCUCUUUGUGGAUAACAUACAGAGUGUAAGAAAGCAGAAAACAAGCAGCAGAAUAAAAAUCGAUGCUUCAAAGUUUUUCCUGCCUAAAACCGUUUCCAAAUUCCAUAACCAAGUUCAUAUCAGAUCAGCCAUGCCUCUCCUUACUAGAAACCAAGUGCACCACCAUGAACGACCUCAAAAAAAUCCAUGCCCAACUCAUCAAAACUGGUCUUUUCAAUGACAUUAUAGCAGCUAGCCGUGUCUUGGCCUUCUCUGCAUCUCCAGCAGGCGACAUCAACUAUGCUUGCUCCGUCUUCACUCGAAUCCAAAACCCAAAUCUCUUUGCUUGGAACGUCAUCAUUAGAGGCUUCUCUCGAAGCUCUAACCCGCAAAUUGCCAUCUCUCUUUUCAUUGACAUGUUGGUUUAUUCGUCUGUGGAACCAGGAAGGUUAACUUAUCCUUCUGUGUUUAAGGCAUAUGCUCAACUUGGUCUGGCUUCUGAUGGGAGACAGCUUCACGGGAGAGUUAUAAAACAGGGUCUUGACUGUGAUCAAUUUAUACGAAACACAAUGGUUUACAUGUAUGCGAAUUGUGGGCUUUUGAGUGAAGCUUGGCGAAUGUUUGAUGAAGAAGAAAUGGAAUUAGACGUUGUCGCCUGGAAUUCCAUGGUUAUGGGGCUUGCUAAAUGUGGAGAGAUUGAUGAGUCCAGGAGACUGUUCGAUAAAAUGGCGACGAGAAACACUGUUUCAUGGAAUUCAAUGAUUAGUGGUUAUGUUAGGAAUGGUAAGUUUUUGGAAGCAUUGGACCUGUUUCAAGAGAUGCAAGGAGAGAAUGUUCGGCCUAGUGAGUUCACAAUGGUCAGUUUGCUAAAUGCUUGUGCUUGCUUGGGAGCAAUUACACAAGGAAAAUGGGUACAUGAUUAUGUACUGAGCCAAAACUUUGAGUUGAAUGUCAUUCUUGUUACUGCAAUUAUAGACAUGUAUUGCAAGUGUGGGGAUGUUGAAAAGGCUCUACAAGUUUUCAGAACGUAUCCCAAGGGAGGAUUGUCAUGUUGGAACGCCAUGAUCUUAGGCCUAGCUACAAAUGGAUGUGAACAAGAAGCGAUUCGAUUGUUUUCUAAGCUAGAGUCUUCAAGUCUUGAACCGGAUUAUGUCAGUUUCAUUGGUGUUCUAAUGGCUUGUAAUCAUGGAGGGAUGGUGGAUAGAGCAAGGCAAUACUUCUCAUUGAUGACUGAAAAAUACAAAAUCAAGCCAUCCAUUAAGCACUACAGUUGCAUGGUUGAUGUGCUAGGUAAUGCUGGGUUCCUUGAAGAGGCAGAACAGUUAAUAACAAGUAUGCCCAUUAAUGGAGAUGCCAUUAUAUGGGGGUCUUUGCUCUCAGCUUGUAGGAAGCAUGGAAAUGUUGAGAUAGCAAAAAGGGCAGUUAAACAUGUUAUUGAACUUGAUCCAGAUGAAAGCUCUGGAUAUGUACUUAUGUCUAAUGUUUAUGCUGCAAAUAAGCAAUUCGAGGAAGCCAUCAAGCAAAGGCUUUUAGUAAAAGAGAAGCAAUUAGAGAAAGAACCAGGGUGUAGUCUUAUUGAAGUUAAUGGUGAAGUUCAUGAGUUUGUUUCUGGUGGAAGGCUGCACCCUCAAGCAAAGGAGAUAUACCCUGUUUUGAAUGAGUUGAAACUCAUUUUACAAUACAAGGAAUGAACGAGCUUCAAACUCAGGACUCGGUCAUUAUAUUUGGUGCUUUUUCUUGUAGGAUUAUGCUUAUAUCUUGGAUCAAAAAAUGGCAAUAGUUCCAUUCCGUUAA